AUAAGAUCCUUAGUAUUAUUCCUAAUUGACCUCCAAAUGAAGGGAAAGAAGUUCUCAGUACUUCCAAGAUUCUUUUCAGCAAGGAAAGGAACUGAAGAUCCAUUAUCAUCUGUUGAAUUUGGUGGAGAAUCCCCAUCUUCUCCAAUCUCCAUAACAAGCUUUUCAGCCAAAGGCAUGGAUUACAGUGACUUUCCUUCUUUAUCAGACACACAAGCUAUAAGAAUUUUUGUUGCCACAUGGAACGUUGGAGGAAAACCUCCUCACAAAGGAUUAAACCUCAAUGACUUGUUUCCUUCUGAUGAUCAGUCUGAUGUUUAUGUCUUAGGUUUUCAGGAAAUUGUACCACUAAAUGCUGGCAACGUGCUAGUGAUAGAAGACAAUGAACCAGCAACAAAAUGGCUUGGCUUAAUCAACCAAGCCUUGAAUAAAUCAUCAUCAACUCAAGAUCACAACGUCUCCAAGUUCUUCCAAAAACCUUCUCUUAAAUCAGUGAGAAGAUCACUAAGAACUGUGAAUAAGAGGCAGCUGAAGUCAUGCAACUGUACUUCAUCAGAAGUAGAAAGAAAAUUAUACUAUAAAGAUUCUUGUUUCGGUUGUCAACAAGCUACACGUGGAUCACAUUCAUCAAUAAAGUAUUCUUCAGAAGAUGAUGCUAUUGAAUCAAAUAGUUUCAUAGUUUCAGACAAUAUUCAUCAAAGGUUUUGCUUAGUUGCAUGCAAGCAAAUGGUAGGGAUCUUUGUGAAUGUUUGGGUGAGAAGAGACCUGGCACAACAUGUCUCUCAUUUGAGGAUCUCUUGUGUUUCUCGUGGUAUUAUGGGCUAUCUCGGCAACAAGGGUUGUAUAUCAGUGAGCAUGGGUUUGUAUCAGACGAGGUUUUGUUUUGUAUGUAGUCAUUUGGCUUCAGGAGAGAAAGAAGGAGAUGAGCUCAGGAGGAACUCUGAUGUUAUAGAGACACUGAAGAACACUCAGUUUCCAAGAAUAUGUAGAACUUCUUCCAUUCGGAGAAUGCCUGAUAAAAUUCUUGGGCAUGAUCGGAUCAUAUGGUUAGGAGACUUGAAUUACAGGAUUGCACUAAGUUAUUCUGAAACCAGGAAGCUCCUUCUUGACAAUAACUGGGAUGCUCUUUAUGAAAAGGACCAACUUAAAAUGGAAAGAGAAACCGGGCGAGUGUUUAAGGGAUGGAAAGAAGGGAAGAUCUACUUUGCUCCAACAUACAAAUAUUCACAUAAUUCAGAUGCAUAUGCCGGGGAAUUUACUACCUCAAAGAAAAAGAGAAGAACUCCUGCUUGGUGCGACCGUAUACUAUGGCAAGGUGAUGGCAUUGUGCAACUAUCAUAUUUUCGAGGCGAGUCCCAAUUUUCUGAUCAUCGACCUGUUUGUGCAGUGUUUUUGGUGGAAGUUGUUCUUGGUUUAAGAUAAAA